UUUUGCUGGGCCAAACUGUAAAGCCCACGAAAGGUCCAUCUCCCUUGUUCUUCCCCUAAAGCCCAAAUAUUAACAGGCGCGCUCUUAACCCGCCAAAACAAAACGGGAACGAGGUCAUCGGAAAUUGCCUUUUCCUCGGGCGGCAAUGGCGGACGAACUCGAAGAUGGAGGGCCACGUGCACCGGCGACCCGAGUCUCGCACAUUAAGAAACGAGCGCUGAAGAACAAAGCUCUGGCCAUAUCUUUCAACGAGAAGGAUCUCAGGGACUACGUCACUGGGUUCCAUAAGAGGAAGAAGAAGAGGCGAAAGGAAGCUCAUAAGCAACAGGAGGAGGCGGCGCGACGAAAGCGCAUCGAGCUGCGCCAGAAGAGGAGGUUGGAAGAUGUAUUUUAUAUGGAAGAAGGAGCCCCACCAGCGGCUGAAGAGAUUGAGGAGGAUGACGAGGGUGGGGAAGAAAGUGAGCCUGUUGCUUCAGUUAGCGGGACAACGAUGUAUGACCAUGGGGACUUGAAGGUAACGGUGACGACCAGUGAGAUCUCCAGAGGAGAUGACGACUCUGGAACAAAGGAGACAACGCCAUCAACCAUUCCCAGACCAAUUAUUGUUAAGAAGAAGAACCAGAAGCUACCUUUGAGUAAAAAACCAUCAUUCAAGAAAUCCUCUAAACGCAAAACCCGAGCAAAGCCACAGAGCAAGAGGGAUAAAAGGAAAGCAAAAUUACCGAGCCACAAGUGAUAAGUCUUCCCUCACAUGCAGCCUCAAAAGGGCGGAGAUGGCUUCUUCCUGGUAUUGUUUUGACAUGUUUACUGAAAAACUGAUCUGGUAACUGAAUAGUUGAUUAUGUAACCACCGUUGUGAUCCACUUGUGUUGGGGGAAUAUUGAUGUCUGUGUGCUCAUGUGCUUUUAGCUUUCUGCUCCUCUGUUCUUUUGCCAUGACCUUUUUCAUUCUGUUGAACUAGCUAGUGGCUAGGCCUUUUUUUUAUUUAUCCGUUUGCUUUAUAUCUCGGUGAAGUAAAGAAAAAGUAUGAGAGUAUGAAAUUGCAAUUUCGUUCCUAGGUUUAAGAGGAAUUCAUAACCUGGUGCCUACAUUUUUUUUUUUAAUUUAUGAUCAUGUUCAUUAGUUACGUUUUUUGGGUUUGUAUAGACAGUUGCUUCAAAGUCAGAUAGCUUCUGAAAGAAAUUAUAUGAUUGGAUCAUUAACCUUGCCUGAGGCUAGGGGUGGGCAAACGGUUCGGGAAACCCGAAUCGAACCGAACCGAAACUGAAUUAAACCAACCGAAACCGAAUUAAUGCUAUUCGGUUCGGAAUUCGGAAGGAAAAUAUGGAUAGUUCGAAAAUUAGGGUUCUUUCAACCGAACCGAAUUUCCGAAUUUCUGACCGAAAAACCGAAAUACUAUAAUUGCAAGCUCCAAAUGGUGGAUUUUUAUGUUUGUAGUUGUUUUUUUACUUAAAUAUUUGAAAUGUUUUAUGACUUAUGUGUUGAAAAGUUUGGUUUUAUCAUUGAUGAUGCAUAUAAUUGAUAUUUAUUGUUUAUAUUAGGGGUGAAAAAUAAUUUAAAAGUGAGAAAAUACAAGUAGCUUCACAAAUUCGAUUUUCUGUGAAAAACCGAACCGAACCGAAUUAUAAUUCGGUUUAAACCGACCGAACCGAAUUAUAAUUCGUUUCGAAUUCGGUUUGAGAUUUGGGAGAAUUCGGGGACCCGGUAUUCAUAAUUUCGGUUCGGUCGAAACCGAACCGACCGAAUGCCCACCCCUACCUGAGGCUGAGUACAUUACUACCUUUAUUGUAUGGAUGGUACAUAUCAAGCUUCUUUCAACCUUAACCAACUCGGCAAUGUCUCAAUGGGUCAUUUAUUUAAUUCUUACUACAUUUCUCGCUUAAGGAUAUUGAGAUUUUGAUGAAAUUGUUGGGAUAUGGAUUAAUAUGCUAUAAACGGGCCCAAGCCCACCGUAAGGCGUCCUGGGCCCAAGCCCACUCAAGGAAGCCCAAACCUUAUAUAAGGGGGGCCCAACCCUCCAAACUAAAGAUCCUCUCUUCUCUUCCCACACUCUUACCCUAAGGUCUCUCUCUCUAAACUCUCUCUCUCUCUACAUACCAUAAACCGCUUCCUAUAUCGUACUAACUUGGGCGUCAGAGCGUAGAUCCCGGGGGCCGCUCCCGCCUCACAGGUUCUUUCACCCUAGUGCAUUAAUACAAUACUGUACAUUUU